CGAGCGAGUGCACGUACAGAUACAGAUACGUCAGCCUUGAAGCUCCGCGACACCCCCUUCUCCGACGCCCCGAUAUCAAUCCGACUUAAUCUUACAACUUCCAGCGUCGACGGGCGACCGAUCAUUAGCCAUUGGGACCGUGGAUCCCCUUUCCCCUUUAUAUCCGAGCAUCGAAACGACACAGUCGCGCGAGAUCCGGGCAUUCCCCCGCAUAAGCCAACAUGUCGUACUUCUUCUCAACCCCCGUCGACAUCGACAUUGUGCUAGAGGACGCCGACGAGCGGUCCAUGGUCGAUGUCAAGCUCGAUAAGAACCGUCGCGAGAAGGCACCACUGUACAUGGACGGCGAGUCCGUCAAGGGCGCCGUCACCAUCAGACCCAAGGACGGCAAGCGACUAGAACACACCGGCAUCAAGGUCCAAUUCAUCGGCACGAUAGAAAUGUUCUUUGACCGCGGAAACCACUACGAAUUCCUCUCCCUCGUCCAGGAGCUCGCGGCCCCGGGCGAGCUGCAGCACCCGCAGACGUUCGACUUCAACUUCAAAAACGUCGAGAAGCAGUACGAGUCGUACAACGGCAUCAAUGUCAAGCUGCGCUACUUUGUCCGCGUCACCGUCUCCCGCCGCAUGGCCGACGUCAUCCGCGAAAAGGACAUUUGGGUCUACUCGUACCGCAUACCCCCCGAGAUGAACUCGUCCAUCAAGAUGGACGUCGGCAUCGAGGACUGCCUCCACAUUGAGUUCGAGUACUCCAAAUCCAAAUACCACCUAAAGGACGUCAUCGUCGGGCGCAUAUACUUCCUGCUCGUCCGGCUCAAGAUAAAACACAUGGAGCUGUCCAUCAUCCGGAGGGAGACGACGGGCGCCGCGCCGAAUCAGUAUAAUGAGAGCGAGACCCUGGUGCGGUUCGAGAUCAUGGACGGCUCGCCUUCGAGAGGAGAGACGAUCCCCAUCCGCCUCUUCCUCGGCGGCUUCGACCUGACGCCCACGUUUCGGGACGUGAACAAGAAGUUCUCCACCCGGUACUACCUCAGUCUCGUGCUCAUCGACGAAGAUGCGCGGCGGUAUUUCAAGCAGUCGGAAAUCAUCCUCUACCGCCAAGCCCCCGAUGCCGCCGCCGGUCCUAACAUGAUCAUGGCCGCCGCCCCCGAGAACCCAAAGUUGAUGGGCCAGUCUGUUCAGGCAUAGAAGUAUCUGAAGAAUGACGCCAUGGUUUACAAGUAAUGAGUUGUUGAUGAACAAAGGGGGGGAAGGAAGGGGGGAGGUUAUUAUGUAUGAUGUGGCUGCUGCCAAA